AUGUUAAUCGAAGAAGUCAUUCGAACGAUUAUAGUACGAGAAUCUGAACAUGGACGAAUUAUAAGAGAGCGUAAGAAACGAUUAACAAUUCUACAAAAAGAACAAGAAGCUCUGAACACUGAAGAAGAACGUCGUUCUAAGCUUUACCAAGAAGCCAGUGAAACAGCCAAUCGUGCCGAAGUAAAUUAUGACAAAGCGUUGAAAGAAAUUCCAACUGGAUGGGAAGCUCUUGCAAAGGAAUUUCUUCGUGAACUUUCGAAAGUAGCUCAUACUGUUGCUAAAAGUGCCACGUCCUUGUUAACAUUUGGUAAAGGAAAUUCAAUGAUGCCAGGAAUCGCACCACUGCUAAUGUCUUCAAUGACGUCAGGAUAUCCCGCUAUGCCGAUGAAUGCCAUGGAAAAACGAUCGAUCGAUGAAAGUCCAACUGAAAAUGCUGAUGAUCGAUCUUCCUUUGCUUAUCAACAUACAAUUGAUAUGGCUGGUCGAUUUUCUAAUUCAUUGGCUCAAUUUGAACAAGUAGCAGAGAGUUCAGGUGGAAAUGUUACAGCAAUGGAUAGUUUAGCGGUUGUUUUCAAGUUAUUUCGAGAACAUAUCAGUGGACUAGGCGAGAAUGCUGCAAAGAAUAAUGUUCUACAAUUGAUACAACGUAGUGGAAAUAUUUUAAAAAGAGCAAUGGAAAACAGUAAAGAACAACAACCAAAUUAUCAAGUUGAAGAAGAAGUCUUAGAAGAAAUUCGAGACAUAUCGAAACGGAUGCGUCCAUAUCAAACUACAAGUCAAUUAUCGGAUCCAAUCGAUUCAAUCAACACACAGCGUCGUACUCAAGAAGAUUUAGAUGCAAGUUCUAAGAGAAACGAAGUAUUGAAAGCUCGUAUUGCUCAAAAACACUUGGCUGAAAUGAGAAAACGUCAAGAUAAAUAUGCUGAUGAUCUAACAAAAACAUUGGAAGAGAUUCGAGAAACAAACAGCAAAAUUCUUCAACUCGAUAUUACAAAUAUUGAUUAUGGAAAAAUCAUCGAGAUCCUCGAAGAAGCAGGUGAUCUUCGUUCAAAAUUGCAGCAAAAAUGGCAUAAAUUCGUCAUUUUCUUCAGCACUCUAUCGGAACAAAUCAAGAAUUUGAUUCGUCAUUCAUUACAAAGUUUUCUUGAUUCUGCUUCGAUUGAAGAAAUUAUGAAACGUCAUCAUCGAUUAAAAUUAAUUAAUCAAUUGAAAGAUGGAACAUUUAGUAUUCACAGUGAAUCUUAUAAAUACUUUGUUUUAUCACGAACUUAUUACGAGGUUUCCAGUUAA